CUCUCUCUCUCUCUCUCUCUCAAAGUAAAUAAAUAAACUUAGGGGCGCCUGGGUGGCUCAGUCAGUUGAGCGGCCGACUUCAGCUCAAGUCAUGAUCUCACAGCCUGUAAGUUUGAGCCCCGCAUCGGGCUCUGUGCUGACAGCUCAGAGCCUGAAUCCUGCUUCAGAUCUGUGUCUCCCUCUCUCUCUGCCCCUAACCCACUCACAUUCUGUCUCUGUCUCUCUCAAAAGUAGAUAAAAAUUAAAAAAAUUUUUUUUAAAUAAAUAAACUUAAAAAAAAUAAGUUUUGUUCAGACCAAGGGCAGGCCACUCCAAAGUGUGCCACUUUGGCAUAUUAUUUUAAAUAAAAAUUACUUAAGAAACAGCCAAUGCAAAAAGAACAGUCUGACUCCUCCUUGUCGUGAGAAAACAAGAGGGCAAAUCUCUUGUGUAAAAAGGUAGUCUCUCUGUGCCUGGAGGUAAAUAGAUUCUUAUCACCAGAGAUAGGACAUUUAGAACCAAAAAGGCUAUUACUUUUUAUUUAAUUUACUACCGUAGUCCCUAAAUUCUGUUUAGAAUUCCUGACUCAUUGAAGUUUCCAAAGUUAUGUUUCUUUGUCCUGUCAAUUCCUCACCACAGAUUUACUUCCCCUUUGUCUAAAAAGUUGAGAAACUGUCUGCCUUGGUAAUUUCUUUAGGACUCAAUUUCAUUAUUGGGACUCUGUGUGCACGUAUUAAAGCUUUGGCUCCCCCCCCUCCACCCCUCCCCGUUAAUCUGUCUCAUGUUCAUUUAAUUCUUAGACCAGCUGGAAAUCUUUGAAAGCAGAGGAAGUUGUUCCUCCCCUAUGGUUGGCGUGGCCAGCUGGAUCAACUUCCGCUGGAUAUUUGCUCUGAAGAUUCUGCAGCUUUGAGGUCUUGGGAGAUCUGACGUACAGCCGGCAGAAGGACUUGCUCUGUUUAUCAGCAGUCAUUGGACUUCAGCAUGAUUACUCCCCAGUUGCUGGCUUAUGUGGCAAUUUCAGUUUCCUGUAUCUUAAAAGUCAGCUCCCUGGAUACCUUCAUUGCAGCUGUUUAUGAACACGCCGUGAUAUUGCCUAAUACCACCCUAAUACCAGUGUCCCGUGAAGAGGCAUUGGCGUUAAUGAACCGAAAUCUGGAUCUUUUGGAAGGAGCGAUCACUUCAGCAGCAAAACAGGGUGCACAUAUUAUUGUGACUCCAGAAGAUGGUAUCUAUGGCUGGAAUUUUAACAGAGAAACUAUCUAUCCAUACUUGGAGGAUAUCCCAGACCCUCGAGUGAACUGGAUCCCUUGUAAUUAUCCCAACAGGUUUGGCCACACCCCAGUGCAAGAAAGACUCAGCUGCCUGGCCAAGCACAACUCUAUCUACGUAGUGGCAAAUAUUGGGGACAAGAAGCCAUGCAAUGCCAGUGACCCUCAGUGUCCCCCCGAUGGCCGUUACCAGUACAACACUGAUGUGGUGUUUGAUUCUCAAGGAAAACUGGUGGCACGCUACCAUAAGUACAACCUUUUCAUGGGCGAGAAUCAAUUCAAUGUACCAAAGAAGCCUGAGGUUGUGACUUUCGACACCAUCUUUGGAAGAUUUGGCAUUUUCACAUGCUUCGAUAUACUUUUCCAUGAUCCCGCUGUUACUCUGGUGAAAGAUUUCCAUGUGGAUACCAUAGUUUUCCCAACAGCGUGGAUGAACGUCUUGCCACAUUUAUCAGCUAUUGAAUUCCACUCGGCGUGGGCAGUGGGCAUGGGGGUUAACUUCCUUGCAGCCAACAUACACCACCCCCACAAGAGGAUGACAGGAAGCGGCAUCUAUGCACCUGACUCUCCAAGAGCAUUUCAUUAUGACAUGAAGACAAAGGAGGGAAAACUCCUCAUCUCACGACUGAAUUCUUCUUCAUACGACCCUGGAGUGGUAAAUUGGGCUUCUUAUGCCAGUAGUAUAAAAGCAUUCUCCACAGAAAAUCAGGAAUUUAAAAGUACUGUGUUUUUUGAUGAAUUCACCUUCUUGGAGCUCACAAGAGUCACAGGAAAUUACACAGUUUGUCAGAAAGAACUCUGCUGCCAUCUGAGCUACAAGAUGUCUGAGAAGAAACCAGAUGAAGUUUAUGCCCUAGGGGCAUUUGAUGGACUACAUAUUGUCGAAGGGAGUUAUUAUCUACAGAUUUGUACCCUGCUGAAGUGUAAAACACCAGACUUACGCACUUGUGGUGAUGCGGUUGAAUCUGCUUCCACCAGGUUUGAAAUGUUUUCCCUCAGUGGCACUUUUGGAACCCAAUAUGUCUUCCCUGAGGUGUUGCUGAGUGACAGUCAGCUUGCACCUGGGGAAUUUCAGGUGUUAAGUGAUGGACGCUUGUUUAGCGUGAAGCCGCCAUCUGGACCUGUCUUGACCGUAACUCUGUUUGGGAGGUUGUAUGAGAAGGACUGGAUAUUAAAGGCUUCAUCCGACCUCAGGGCACAAGCACCGGGAGUAAUGCUCGUAGUUAUAGCACUGACUGUGUGCUCAUUCAGUUGGUCUCCUAUAGGUUGAAUUAUGUCCCCCCUCAAAUUCACAAAUUGAAGUCUGAAUUCCAUACCUCAGAAUGUGAUUGCAUUUGAAGAUAAAGUCUUUUAAGAGGUAAAAUGAUGGCAUUAGGGUGGGACCUAAUCCAAUAUGACUGGUAUUCUUAUAAGAAGAGAAGAUUAGGACAUAGACACUAUGGAAACUAUGUGAAACUAUGUGAAGACACAAAGGAAGAUGGCCAUCUACAAGCCAAGGAGAAAGGCCCUCAGAAGAAAUCAACCCUGUUGACAGUUUGAUUUGGAUUUCUGGCCUCCCGAAUCUUGAGAAAAUAAAUUUCUGUUGUUUAAACUAAUCCGUGGUACUUUAUAAUGGCAGCCCUAGAAAA